GCCCCCGCCCCGCCUCCACGCAUCCCCCACCAACCCCUCACGCUCCGAGCCUCAGACCAAACCAAAUCACCAAUCGCCGGCGCCACCUAUAUAUCGCGGCCAACCCGCCCGGGACCUCCUCAGCUUCUCGCUCCGAAGCUUCAACUACCCACCCGGUUACCCGGCGCGGAUCCCCUCCUCCCACCACCGAGCAGAGCACGAAAGCAGAGGCGGCGAGGCUAGCUAGCUGAGCGGAGCUGAUAGCUGAACAGAUUGGUGGGGCAAUGGCUGCGGCGAGUAUGAUCAGGGCGCCGGUCGGGCAGAAUCCGAGGCUUGCCCCGGGGAGGGGCGGCGGCGUGGUCCGGUGCUCGUUGCAGGGCGCGGUGGUUGGCGGCCGGGCGGAGUGGCAGAGCAGCUGCGCGGUGCUGUCCAGCAAGGUGGCCGCGCUCGGCGCGCACUCCGUCAACGGCCACGUCGCGCCCCCCGCGCCCGCGCCGCCGCAGAACGGGGCGGUGCUGGAUUUGGUCCCCGUGAGCAGCAUCAACGGCGGCGCCAAGAACCUGCCGCAGCCGCUGCGCAUCGCGGACCUGUCCCCGGCGCCGAUGCACGGGUCGCAGCUGCGCGUGGCGUACCAGGGCGUGCCGGGCGCGUACAGCGAGAAGGCGGCCGGCAAGGCGUACCCGGAGUGCGACGCCAUCCCCUGCGACCAGUUCGAGGUGGCGUUCCAGGCCGUGGAGCUCUGGAUCGCCGACCGCGCCGUGCUCCCCGUGGAGAACUCGCUGGGCGGCAGCAUCCACCGCAACUACGACCUGCUGCUCCGGCACCGCCUCCACAUCGUGGGCGAGGUUCAGCUCCCCGUGCACCACUGCCUGAUGGCGCUCCCGGGGGUGCGCAAGGAGUGCCUCACCCGCGUCAUCAGCCACCCGCAGGCGCUGGCGCAGUGCGAGCACACGCUCACCGCCAUGGGCCUCAACGUCGUGCGCGAGGCCUUCGACGACACCGCCGGCGCCGCCGAGUACGUGGCCGCCAACGGCCUCCGCGACACGGCCGCCAUCGCCUCCUCCCGCGCCGCCGAGCUGUACGGGAUGGAGGUGCUGGCCGACGGCAUCCAGGACGACUGCGGCAAUGUCACCCGCUUCGUGAUGCUGGCCAGGGAGCCCGUCGUGCCGCGCACCGACCGCCCCUUCAAGACCAGCAUCGUCUUCGCGCACGACAAGGAAGGGACCUCCGUCCUCUUCAAGGUGCUCUCGGCGUUCGCGUUCCGCGACAUCUCGCUCACCAAGAUCGAGAGCCGGCCGCACCGCCACCGGCCCAUCCGCCUCGUCGACGACGCCAACGUCGGCACCGCCAAGCACUUCGAGUACAUGUUCUACGUCGACUUCCAGGCGUCCCUCGCCGAGCCCCGCGCGCAGAACGCGCUGGCCGAGGUCCAGGAGUACACCUCCUUCCUCCGGGUGCUCGGGAGCUACCCCAUGGACAUGACCCCCAUGACCGCCGGGUCCUCCUCCACCAUUUCCUCCUCCGAUUCAUCCUGAUGGCUCCUGUUCUGCAACUGCAGCCCCCCCGAGGAGAAGCCGUCGAGUAGGGACGUUGGUUUCCGGUCAUGUCGUCCUACUCGUCCCUCGCCGCUAGGCUGCCCGGGAGCAAUUGAUUUUGAUUUUUACCUUUAUUAAUCGUGGUAAUACGUGUAACUGUUCCAAGUUCAUCUGCGGUGAAUAUACCUGUGAGAUAGGUGACACUCAUGUC